GUUGGCUGGGCAAGGCUGGCUGAGGAGAGUGCCCAGGCAUGCAGGACGGACAGCAGCCUGGUCUCGGAAUGGACAGCGUUCAAGACACAGCCCCCCAAGACCGAGGGGGCUGUUGCCCUGUCCUCCGCAGGCUGGUCCCCAUUGGCUUUGGGGCCGAGGUGUGGACGCUCUUCGUCCUUUCCGGACCCCUGUUUUUGUUCCAGGUGCUGACCUUCAUGAUCCAUGUCGUGAGUUCGGUGUUUUGCGGGCACCUGGGCAAGCUGGAGCUGGCGUCAGUGACCCUCUCGGUGGCCUUUGUCAAUGUCUGUGGAGUUUCCAUAGGAUUGGGCUUGUCCUCAGCAUGUGACACCUUGAUGUCCCAGAGCUUCGGCAGCCCCAACAAGAAGCACGUGGGGGUCAUCCUGCAAAGGGGAACCCUGGUUCUCCUUCUCUGCUGCUUCCCCUGCUGGGCCCUCUUCCUCAACACCCAGCAGAUUCUGCUGCUCUUCCGGCAGGACCCAGCCGUGUCCAGGCUAACCCAGGAGUAUGUGCUGAUCUUCAUUCCGGCACUUCCGGCAUUUUUCCUUUAUGUCCUGCUGGCAAAAUAUUUACAAAAUCAGGGAAUCGUCUGGCCCCAAGUCUUCAGUGGCAUUGUGGGCAAUUGCAUCAAUGGCUUGGCCAACUACAUCCUGGUUUCCAUGCUGAGACUGGGGGUCAGGGGCUCCGCUUUCGCCAGCACUCUCUCCUUCUUCGUGCAGACCAUCUUCCUCUUUCUCUACAUUGUGCUGAAGAAGCUGCACCUGGAGACAUGGGCAGGCUGGUCCAGCCAGUGUCUGCAGGACUGGGGCGCCUUCUUCUCUCUGGCGAUUCCCAGCAUGCUCAUGGUGUGCAUCGAGUGGUGGGCCUACGAGAUCGGGAGCUUCCUCAUGGGCCUGAUCAGCAUGCUGGACCUCUCUGGCCAGGCCAUCCUCUACGAGUUGGCCACCAUAGUCUACAUGAUUCCCCUGGGGCUCAGCAACGCGGUCUGUGUCCGGGUGGGGAUGGCCCUGGGAGCCGCGGACACUGCCCAAGCUAAGCGGUCAGCCAUCUCCGGCAUGCUUUGCACAGUUGGGACCUCGCUGGUUGUGGCCAUACUGCUGAGCCUCCUGAAAAACAAACUGGGGCAUAUUUUUACAAAUGAUGAAGAAGUCAUCACACUGGUGAACAAGGUCCUGCCGGUUUAUAUCGUCUUUCAGCUGUUUGAGGCCGUCUGUUGCGUGUAUGGCGGAGUCCUGAGAGGGACCGGCAAGCAGGCCUUCGGAGCCAUUGUGAACGCCAUCAUGUACUAUGUCAUCGGUCUGCCCCUGGGCAUCGUGCUGACCUUUGUGGUCAGAAUGAGAAUCAUGGGCCUCUGGCUGGGCAUGCUGGCUUGUGGCCUUCUGGGCACUGUUGCCUUUGUUGUCUACACCGCCCGGAUGGACUGGAAGCUUGCAGCAGAGGAGGCUCAGAAACAUGCGGGGCUGCAGAGCCCUGACGGCACGGUGACCGUGGCGACCACGGCCCCCCGACCCGGGCCUGCGAAAGCAGUCACGUCUUCAGUGGCUAUGGGGAACUCCCCAGGCAUCACUUUGAUGAUGUAUUCGAGGCCCGAGGGCCAUGUGGACCUCUUCGGGACGCCGGAAGUAGCCCGAGCCCCGUCAGCCCCAGCCAGCCCCCUGUCAGUGAAACAGCUGCUCAUCCGCCGCGGGGCCGCCCUGGGGGCGGUGUCAGCCAUGCUGAUGGUGGGCCUGGUCAUCAGGUUCCUGACCACCAGACACUAGCCGUGCGGCUCGGAGC